AUGGGCGACCGACUCCAACCAGUCGACCAGCAGGUCGUGACCGAAAAGAACCCUAACAAUAAUGACCAAGAGCCUACACCAAAGACGUCGACGGAUCAGCUCCCCAAGGGCCCGAUCGGUCCCAGUCCUCCUCCCAAUGGCGGACUCGUGGCCUGGCUGCACGUGGUCGCUGGUUUCAUGCUGUUCUUCAAUACCUGGGGGUUGCUCAACACUUUCGGCGUCUUCCAGACAUACUACGAAUCCGGGACUCUCUUCCGUCGGAGCUCCUCAGAUAUCUCGUGGAUCGGAUCAGUCCAGGCUUUCAUGCUGCUGCUCGUCGGCUUCAUCACAGGGCCCAUCUAUGACCGGGGGUACCUUCGCACGCUGCUGACCGUGGGCAGCUUCGGCAUCGUCUUCGGCACCAUGAUGCUCAGUCUCUGCAAGGAGUACUGGCAGGUCCUGCUGGCGCAGGGCUUCUGCGUCGGAAUCGGUGCUGGAUGCCUAUUUGUCCCGUGCGUCUCGAUCCUGCCAACAUACUUCUCUUCCAAACUAGGCGCCGCGCUCGGUCUCGCCGUUGCGGGAUCCUCUCUCGGCGGGAUCAUCUAUCCCAUCGUCCUGAAUCGCCUCCUCAGUCCCCUCGGCUUUGGCUGGGCCGUCCGAGUGAUUGGUUUCAUUGCCCUCGGCACCCUCCUCCUCCCGAUCGUCAUUAUGAAGCAGCGCGUCAAACCACCCAAGGCCCGCGCCCUGAUAGACUGGACCGCGUUUACCGACAUCCCAUUCAUGACGCUCGUCAUCGCCGGUCUCAUCGCCUUCAUGGGUCUUUUCACGCUGCUAUUCUACAUCUCCUACGUCGCCUCUGCGCGCCAUCUCACGUCCAACGACAUGGCCUUCUACCUCGUCCCUAUCCUUAACGCCGCUUCCUGUUUCGGACGUACAAUCCCCACCGCUAUGGCUGACAAGUUCGGGCCCUUCAACCUGAUCGGGCCCUUUUGCAUGGUGGUCGGCGUCUUGAUCCUCUGCAUGAUGGCUGUCGUCAAUGAAGCCGGGAUUAUUGUGAUUGCCGUUUUCGCCGGAUUCUUCAGCGGCGCCUUGAUUGGUCUCCCGCCGCUGUGCUUUGUCGCGCUCACAAAGGAUAAGAGUAAGAUUGGGACGAGGCUUGGGAUGGGCUUUGGUAUAAUGGCCUUUGGAGUGCUGGCGGGGGGACCCGGGGCGGGUGAUAUUCUGGGCGAUACUCAUGAUCUGGAUUGGAACGGGGUCUGGAUAUUCGGUGGCGCUAGUUGUCUUGCUGCGGCAGCGAUCUUUGCUGGCUUGAGGGUUUCCCAGUAUGGAUUCAAGCUGCGGGUGAAAGCGUAG